UGUACCGUGUUUGUUGUGCUCGCGUUUCUGCUACUCUCUCUGGAUCGGCGGAAAAUGAGUUCCGUCGGAGAUGGAUGUCGGCCGUGCAAUUCGUGUUGUUGCUGCUGCUGUGGCGCUGGACGUGAACUGGCAACCGUUUCGUGUCACAAUAACGACGAAGCAUCUCCCCGCCGACAGACGGCAGCAACAACAAUGGCGGCGGCUGCUAGCAGCAGACGAAAGUCUCGCUUCUGGAGGUGGAUUAAGCGCCGUCUGCUCACCAUGGCCCACGGUGAGGACGUGGCCUACCGACGUCGAACCGAGGCCCUGGAAGAUGUCUCGCUGACGCUAACCAAGCGGCUCAGCUUCAUCAAUGAGGACAAACGCGGGUCCUCAACAGUGGAACUAGUCAAGAGGGAAGGAUCCACGUUGGGCCUCAUACUAUCCGGUGGGAUCGACAAGGGCAGCCGUCCGAAAGUCGAGUCUCUCCGGCCGGGCAGCAUAGCACACAGGUGCGACGCCCUGGCUGUCGGUGACCACAUCGUAGCUGUGAACGGAAUCCGGACCAGCAAGCUCAAGCAUGACGAGAUCGUCAACUUACUCAAAAACGCUGGCGACAAGGUCGUGCUUGACGUUGAGUAUGAGAUUCCGAGCACAGCUGCGGAGAUGUCCAUGUGCGUCUGUCCCAAGGUGAUCCAAGUCAAACUGGAGAAGGAGAACAGCAGCUUCGGCUUCCUCAUCCGCGGCGGCACCUGCCCCGAAAAGCUAAAGUGCCGACCGCUGACUAUCACCCACGUGCGACCAGGAGGCCCUGCCGACAGGGAAGGCACAAUUAAGGCAGGAGACCGGCUACUGGCAGUCGACAACAUCAACCUUAACAAUGCGUCCCUGAAUGAAGCCAUGGCUGUCCUAAAGCAGGUCGAGAAGCAAGCACUGCUUACCAUAGAGUAUGAUGUCUCGGUUAUGGAUGCUGUAAGGAAUGCGUCGGGGCCUCUGCUUGUGGAAAUUGACAAGACACCAGGAGCACAGCUCGGAGCGACGUUGACUCAAGUUCCGCAUGGCGAAGGAGCAAUAGUUUUUGACAGCAUUAAACAAGCAAGUGUGGCUGAAAGGUGCGGUGCUCUCCACGUGGGUGACCAGCUCUUAGCCAUCGAUGGGACACGGGUGGACCAGAUGACAGCGGCGGAGGCCAUGCAGCUCCUGAAAAUGGCCGUCGGAGAUGUCAUCAGACUGGAGAUUCUGCCCAUCAGCCAGAUGGCACUAAGGAAGUGCCCCAGCACCCAGUCAAAAAGGAGUGCGGCGCCCCCGCCUCCUCCGCACGGCUAUGCCUCGAGCUACGACACCCUCUCGUCCAUGGGGGGUCACUCGAACCGGUCGGCAGCAACGGCAGCAGCCGGACGCUGCCCUCUGCCACCGCUCCCUCCUCCGCAAGUGCCCUCAACCCCAUCUUCAUCGCGGAGGGGAAAGCCCAGCAGAAAGCACCUCCCAGAAUACCUCUCCAGCUCUUCAAACGCAUCCAUUUCAUCCGUGUACGGAGUUCCCCCCUGUCUGGUCGGACCAAGCCAGCUGAGCCACACCGAGACCACCCAGGUUGUGAUCUACGCCGACCACAAGGGAUUUGGCUUUGCCCUGCAGGGCCCCACGCCCUACUCGGCCGAUCCACUGCCGCCUGUUCCGACAAUCAGUAGCAUCGACCCAAGGGGACCAGCUGAGAGGACGGGAGUCGUUCAAGUCGGGGACCGGGUUCUCUCUGUCAAUGGACAGACAACCGAAGGCCUUUCGCUCGAGGAAGUCACCCAGCUAAUCCAACAGUCCCGACCACGUGUAGUCCUAGACAUCGAGUUUGAUGUUGCAGAAUCGGUCAUCCCAAGCAGCGGUACGUUCACCGUAAAGCUGGCAAAAAAGGGCCCUGGACUGGGAAUCACUAUCACAUCCCCCAAGAACAGGCGACCCGGUGAGCCCCUCCUGAUAUCGGACAUCAAACACGGCAGCGUGGCACAUCGCACGGGCACCCUCCAACCCGGAGAUCACCUCCUUGCCAUUGACUCGGUCCGCAUGGACAACUGCACCAUUGAAGAUGCCGCCCAAAUCCUGCAGGCUUCCGAGGAGGUCGUCAAGUUGCGGAUACGCAAGGACGAAGCCUUCUGCGAGGAACCAGAUGCAACGGGAGCCGUGAUCUUCACUGUGGAGUUGGCCAGACACGGUGGGCCGCUGGGCAUCACCAUCUCGGGAACGGAGGAACCUUUCGACCCCAUCAUCAUAUCGGGACUCACCGAGGGAGGCCUCGCAGAGAGGACAGGGGCUCUGCAUGUUGGUGACCGAAUCCUCGCCAUCAAUGGUCAAAGCCUGCGUGGAAAGCCCCUCAGCGAGGCAAUUCUUCUGCUUCAAAACUCGGGGGACGUAGUAACACUCAAAAUAUCCAAGUCCCCAAGAAACCAAGGUCUGGAUGCACACCGGAUCGAACGGCCCAAAGAGCCCGAGCCCAGCGGCUUCCUGAACCUGUACGCCACCCCUAUCCCAAGCGUCGACAGUGCUGUCGAGUCAUGGGACAGCUAUGGCGGACUUGAGGCUGCUGCGGCUGCAGCUGCGAUUGCCAACGGAUCUGCGCCAAUCCAGAAUAAGGUCUUGCCACCUCCGACACCUGAUCUCAGUCGUCGGGAAGCAGGUACAGUAGGCUAUGAUAAAAACUGCACGACUCUUCCCUGCCCAAACGUUUCUGCUGAGCUCAAGUCUUGGGAGAGAGAGGUCUGGGGUCACCGACCACCACCAAACCUCGCAGCUCCUGGCCCAAGCACAGCAAACCCUCAGGCGUUCAUCCAGACAAGCAACCACUCGGCAGCAUCAGACAGCGGCUCUGCAGACUGGUCAAAGGUUCUCGAAGACCUCGAAACGUGCGGACAAUCCAAGCUGCUACGGCAGAUCGAGCGCAGCAUCAUGGGAAGCUUGCCUUCCAUUGCACCCCUGCCGCACCCAGACAUGCACCUCCCGAACCCAGAAAACCUUCAGUACGACGACCUCUACGGGUUCCAGUCUCGACUUCAGUCCGACGACACGUCGACGGAGUGCGAGUUCCAGGCUGUUGACCACGAGCAAGCGCCGUUCACGCUGUCCCCGUACGAAGUGCAACAUGACGGACAGCGCCACGAUGGUUCCGUGACACCUUAUCCCAACUACGGUGGUCGCAUGACCGCGCCCAUUCCCAUUGAGGUGCACAGAGUCACGCUCUUCAAGGACAAAGUCUACGAGGACUUCGGCUUCAGCGUAUCCGAUGGCCUGUAUGAAAAGGGUGUCUAUGUCAACCGGAUCCGACCGGGUGGACCUGCCGACAUGAGUGGAAUACUCAAACCUUUCGACAGGAUCCUACAGGUGAACGAAACCAAGACGCACGACUACGACUGCUGCCUGACUGUCCCUCUCAUGGCUUCUGCGGGAGAUGUCGUCGAGCUCAUCGUCAGCCGACCCGCCUACAUCAAUGGCAAUUCGCCGCAUAGAAACUACGAGCCCUCAUCGUUUCACCCCUGGAUUGACGACAACGACCGUGAAGACUGUUCGUCACCUCAGGGUUCGCGGCCUGGCUCUCAAAUAUUGACUAAAACCCUAUGAAACUUGCCUCGUCACCGCUGCAGGUCUCACAAUGUAUGAGCGAGAACAAACGAUACAGAUGUAUAACGGGCAGGCGUUUUGGUCCAAAAUCACAAUGAAGGUUGUGAACUAACACGGGUAGAAGAGAACUCAUAUACACCACGCGUGUCACAAGGGAUGUCGUGCUUGAGAUAAUCAUUUUUGUUUUUCGAGGAUGAAAUGGUUUCUAUUCACAGCUGGUGCAAAGAAAUGCUGAAUAAUAAUGUUGUUACAUUUGCAUUUUAUGUUUUUUUGAGGUUUAAUUAUGCUAAGGCUACCAUUAUACCAGUCGUUUCGCUUUAACCUUAACAGAAUUUUAAAACGUUGCUUGUUGCAGAUAGCACAAUUCUACUCCUUGGAUUACUGAAUUCUGCUCCUGGAUUACUCAAACAGACGGGCAUUACAUGAAAUGAGAAAUCACAUUGCUUAAAUGGCAAAUUAAAAAUUACUGUGAAUUAACAGAGCACAUCGGGAUGAGGACAAGAAAUGACGAAGACAAGCGCAGUAUUAAAUUAAGAAUUUUCCCCAAUUACCUUUAUAAUUACAGUCAACGUCCAAUUUUUUGGACUCCCUAGGGGUCGCGAAACCUUCCAAAAAAUCAGGCAGUCCGAAAAAAUGAGAAUGCAUGCCUUUUACUGUCCCCAAGAGCUCAAAUCGCCACAGACACGUCCGAAAUAGCUCUUAAAGGCUGCCAGUACACUUAUUAGGCGUAUCGGCACUAGUACUGAAACAGGAGAUGGCGGGUGCACGCGUGUAUAAUUAAGGAAUACAUACUCUGUCCCGUGACAAUUGCUCCUUCCCACUCUUGGUAUGCUUCACCGCAAUACUCCGGUUUGCUUCGCCGCGAAACACUGCUGUAUUGAGGCGAAACUUACUUUCAGAAACCGCCAUUAUGCAACGUGUCGUGCUUUCAGAGCUUCGAAGCCAUUGGCGAGGCUUACAAAGACGGAGUCAUCACCAUUGCUGACAGGAGCGAAUUCUUUCAAUGAAAAACGCGGCACCGAACAGCAAGAAGCUUGGUAGCAAACGUCGAAACAGCUAGGCCUAGCGUUGCCUUGGUGGUGGCUUCAGCUUCCCGAGGAUGUGUGUGCAAAAGCGCCAGUUCAAGCUGGUAAUAUAAUCAAAAUGGCAGCGGUGGUGGCUUCAAUUAAUGCCAUUUUGGACCUGUGGUCACGGCAAAAAGUCCGAAAAAUUGGAUGGCGAAGGGUUCUAAUGUCCGAAAUUUCAGACUUUCUUACAGAUUACUCUACGUGGUAGGUGGCAGUGCCACAAAGGCGUCCGAAUUAUCGAGCAUGUCCGAAAAAUCGGGCGUCCGGAAAAUGGGUCGUUGACUGCAUUCCCUUUAAGGUACAUAUUACAAUUUACGAAUAGAAGUCGGCAAGUUCUCAAAACACGACAGUUGAUACAAAUUUUAACGCUAUCACCAGCAUUAAGAUAAGCACCUUCACACUUUCAGCAAAAUGUACUGUUGAGCAACCUAAUUUUCUAACAUCAAGGCACAUCAAGGCAUUUCGUCACACAAUACUGAAGGCAUAUCGCGAAACUGGUGUCAGCCUCAGAAUGCCUGCCAAGAGUUUAUGCCCUGCAAACUCAUCGACUCCAAUUCAUAAAUUUCCGUAGGUGUGGAAAGGGAUUAGAUAAACAGUUAAUUAAUGAAACUUGAUCAAUUAUUCAAUGUAUUUUCACUUUUUGCAUAAGUAACAUACACCGCUACGAGUAAUCCAGCUCAGGCGAUAGAAUUGUGCUCGUAAGAGAUUUUAAAGAAUUCUGUUGAGAUUAAAACAAGACGUCCUAUAUAUACACACAGCUGCUUUUGCCUACAUUGAAGCUGUUACUGCGCAUGUUGAAGCUGCAGAUUUUUAUGAACGUGAACAGAGUGGAGGACGGCCAUUGUUGGGCCAAAGGAUUGUCAGACAAUGCAUUUACAGGAGUGAAAACUUCUCUUUUGCCGAGAGAAACCUUCAAGACCACUUUCAAUGUAGUAGUCCAGCAACCAACGUUCAAGCCAAACUACGAAGAAACUCAGCCAACAGUGAUGAGACCAUGAAAGGUACUGAACAGCCACACCACAAAGCCAAUUACUCCUUUCUCGCCUCUUCACACCGUAGCCUCCAACUGUUUCUCGAUUUUUACAGUGCUGUCAUUCUACAUAAUGAUGUAUCCGCACUCAAGGUUUCCUCAAUUUUUAUUAGCUUGUACAUAAAUGGUAAGCAAUUUUGCUCAGCACUAAUGAGAACAGCUAGUCAUUGAAACACUGAUCCGUGUUUCAAGUUUGAUCAUCACCUAUUUACAUGAAUACAAAGGCAGCGAGAAGGUUAUGCUGCUUUCCAGUGUUAUGAUAAAACAUCACCACAUGUACGUAGAAACGCUUUGCUCACAUCGGUAUCUUCACCGCAACAACUGAAUAAACGGAGCUGGAAGGUACAAAAAGCGAAUAAAUAAAAGCUGGAGGCCUGUUUCACCAAAUACACAAGGAUGGUUAUUCUGCUUGGUAUUUGUUCAAAGUGCCUUUCAAAAGCUUGUCUAUCCAAAGGCAAGUGCUGCCAUGUACGUUUCUGAAGAGUAAUUCACGAGCUUUGCUGAUGUACAGUUAUUUGGUUGUCUAGAGUUUCAUGAAGCAUGGAAAUAAAGAAUGUGUU